AUGAGGACAUCCGCACUCGCGCUCCUGGCGCUCCUCGCCUUUGCGGCACUGCUGGCCCCUGUCAGGGCUACCGAGGAUGUGGACGAGGUGGACGAUGAAGACUCCUCUGACUUCGCCGACCGCGCCUUCCUGAUCGUGCGCCGGGUGGUUGCCGACAAGCGGCCGAUCCAGGGCAAGACCACUACCGUCACGGUGGAGCUAUACAAUGCCGGAUCCACGUCGGCACUGGAGGUAAAGGCGGUCGAGUCCAAGUGGCCCGAGCCCUUCUUCUCCGUGUCUGGGGACCUCUCUGCCAGCUACGAGUCCAUCCCCGCUGGCGCCACCGUCCGCUUCACCUACCAGGUGAACCCCCAGGAGGCCGGUCCCUACCAGCAUCCACCCACCCAGGUCUCUUACCAGGCCGUCGAGGACGAUGAGGACUCCGUCAAGAGCACGAGCUCUGCAUACCUUUACUUUGUCACCUCCACCCUGGUCGACGAGUGGAAGUUCAAGGCACUGGAGCUGGGCUCCAAGCUUACCGGCGGCAACAUCAACACCGUCAAUGGCUGGAAGUGGUCUGUCUUCGCUGUCGCGGCCGCGCUGAUCGCCUACUAUGGGCACCAAUCUUACCUCUCGGUGCAGGACGCAAGCAAGACGAAGCGGCGCCAGCGUGCCCUGGAGGAGCUGCAGGCCAUGGACUCCAAGUCAAAGUGA